UUGAAAUCGCUACAAAAACUUACUGUUACGCUAUUAUCCUCCUCUCUACAAAAACAAAAGCCCCAACGACCAGAGAAGGAAGGGGGAGAGAGAGGGGGGACUCAGAGACGAAGUCGCCUCUCGAUUCCUUGCUUUCUCGGCGUCCGUGCCCUCUUUCUUUCUCUCUCUCUCUCUCUUCUAUCUUUAUUCAAUGAAUAAUAAUUAAUAGGAAUGAUUAAAAAAUAAUUUUUGAAAGCAUAUAUAUAUAACGGUAGGUGAAUUCCCUCUCCUCCCUGUUCUUAUGAGCGUGGUUGCCUUGCAGGGCUGCUGAGCAAGCGGUAAUGCGACCGCGCCGGUGACCAGAUCUCGCUUAUGGAUCCUCCUUUCUCCGGAUUUGUACUUGACCCAUCCAAAUGCUGUAAGCUAAGCAUGAACGAGAAGAGGGAACUGGUUCACGAAUUAUCUAAAUGGCCAGAAACUGCACCUGAAAAGCUACAAACAUGGAGCCGCCGCGACCUUAUAGAAAUCCUUUGUGCAGAAAUGGGAAAGGAGAGAAAGUACACCGGAGUAACAAAGCAAAAGUUAAUAGAACAUCUUUUUAAGGUUGUGUCUGACAAGAAAUCUGGAAAACUUACUGAAGACAUUGACCCAAUUCCUCAGUUGCCUCCAACCAACAAUCAACCCCCUUCCAAAAGACAGAGAAAGACAGAUCACCCUUCUCGUCUCCCAAUUGAUACAAGCAAUAAUUCAGUAGAUAAUGGCGGUGAAGCUUCUAGAAAUGUCCGUCUCUGUGAAAAUUUAGUUUGCAAAGCCACUUUAAGCAUAGAUAGUCCUUUUUGCAAACGGUGUGCAUGUGGUAUAUGUUACAAGUACGAUGAGAAUAAGGACCCAAGCCUUUGGUUGGUUUGCAAUUCGGAUUAUCCAUAUCAGGGUGAUUCCUGCGGCAUAUCUUACCACAUCGAGUGUGUUCUGAAUCAUGAUCGAGCUGGUGUUAUGAAGAGUGGGAAGUGCAUACAACUAGAUGGCAGUUAUUAUUGUGUUCACUGUCAGAAAGUGAAUGAUCUGCUAGCAUGCUGGAGGAAGCAACUCAUGUAUGCAAAAGAGGCAAGGAGAGUUGAUACAUUGUACCAAAGGGUUUCUUUAAGCCAUAGAUUUCUCAAGUCUAGUGGGAAGUACCAAAAUUUGCAUGAGAUUGUAGAUACAGCAAUGAGGAAACUAGAGUCUGAAGUUGGACCGGUAAAUGGUUUCUCAAAUAUGGCUCGUGGGAUUGUUAACAGACUUUCUGUUGGUGCUGAAGUCCAGAAGCUCUGUGCUCGUGCUGUAGAGUUGCGGGACUCCAUAUUUUUAAGUGGUUCGCUAUACAAGAAAUCCCCUGUGCCACACUCAAGCUUUAUCAAAUUUGAAGACGUAUCCUCAACUUCUCUAACACUGAUACUAGGUUCAGAAGACAACACAUUAUUACCCCAAGAGCAUCUUGGCUACACUUUGUAUCAUCGAAAGGCCAACAGCAAAGACUAUCCUUCAGAGCCCACUGGUACUAUUUGUAACCCUAAGACAAAAUUUCAUAUAAACAAUCUCUCUCCAGCUACCGAAUAUAUAUUCAGAGUGAUUGCCUUCAGCAACACAACAGAGUUGGGAAAUUGGGAAGUUGUAGCAACAACUGAUAGAAGUAAUGAAAGCCCAAAAACAAAUACUAGUGGUGUAUCCAAUCCUUCGGCUGAAGGAAAUGAAUCCAAUAGCAUUGAGAAAGAAGAGACACCGAUGAAUUCGGGUUCAGGUUUAGAUGAGGAUCCAAAUCCAAGGACCCACGAGGCCCAAAAAGACCAGACAUCCGAUGUUAAUAUACCUAAGUCUGAUAAUGAAUCAAAUACACCUGUUGGAAAUGAAAUGGUUCCAUCUACUUUGCCUGUAACUCCUUCAAGAUUGGAAGCUAAUAAGCCUAAUCCAAGCUGUAACUCCCUUGACAAUGGCCUCUCGAAGCCAGAAAAAGAGCCUGGUAGUUCAUCAAAGAAAACUACUAAAGAUGGUUCUUCGUCGAAUGAAGGAGAAUAUGAGUACUGUGUUAAGGUAAUUAGACGAUUGGAAUGUGAAGGGUAUAUUGAGACAAACUUUAGGGUCAAAUUUCUGACUUGGUUCAGCUUGAGAGCAAGUCCACAAGAGAGAAGAAUCGUUAGUGUUUAUGUUGAUACUUUAAUUGAUGAUCCUGGGAGUCUUGCAGGGCAGUUAGUGGAUACAUUUUCUGAAGCAAUUUGGAGCAAGAGGCCACCACCCAUGCCUACUGGAUUUUGCAUGAAGCUUUGGCAUUGAGAGGCAUUCUUUGAGUGCAAAAUUGUUCAAUUGAUUCUCCAUUGAAAUUAUACUUUUAUAAAGUUAUCGAUCUAAUUCAUACGGCAGUUGGCAUUACAAUGUUUGUUUCUGUAGCAAGAAAUUCUAUUUCAUAGGAUUCAUAAUUGUUUAUUUCCCCCUCUAUUUUGGGUUAUUGGUGCUGUAGCUUUUUUCAGUGAAAUGUUUAGAAAAUGUUGCUCACAUGAGUGUUUGUGUCCUGCAACCUGAGAAUUGAAUAACUGUGAACUAACUUGUGGUAGAAUUUAUAGAAGACUUGUUGUUGAGA